AUGGCUCUCCGGCCUCUUAUGGCCAACGAAAUGCCAAUUCGUAUCAAAGCUUUGAUCGAAAUGAUAGAAAUCCAAGACAUCAAACACAACCGCAAGAUUCGCAGCAAAGAAAUCCUUAUUAUGCGACUAAUCAGCAAAACCCUUAUUAUGGCACUAAUGCCAACCAAAGCAGACGCGAAGAUCCCUGGAAUAGACGCCGUUGAGGCUCAUCCAUGGCUUCCAGAUGAAAUCAUGUCUAAAAAUCUGUUAGAUUUGAACGACUCUUCCGAUGAAGAGCUCAAUCAAUUGAAUCUGAACUCAGAUUUCGCGAAAAACUAUGACAUUUGGCGCCGAAAGGAAGAGAUCCAGAAAUUGAAACUCAAUCAAUUGAAUCUGAACUCAGAUUUCGCGAAAAACUAUGACAUUUGGCGCCGAAAGGAAGAGAUCCAGAAAUUGAAAGACAAAUACGGAGACAAUUUGGAUGUGUUGUCCGAUUCAGACCAAUCCGUGGGCUCCGGAUCUGAUGAGGACUCCGAUGACGACGAGUCGGAUGAGUCCAUUGGUGACGAACAGCCAGUAUUUGACGACCACUUCUUCAAAGUGUAUUCAGCGCUCAAAAGCAGAAAUCCUAUCAUUUAUGACCAAAACAAGAAGUUCUUCAACGACUCGUCCAAUGAAUCCCAGACUGAAGAUAACAACACCACUGAUGACAAUGUGAUCAAAACUAAGGAGAAAACGUUGUCUUUGAAAGAAUACCACAAAAAGUUGAUUAAAGAGAAGAAAGGUAUCACUGAAGAGGACGUCCUACAAGUGAAUGGAUUUGAAGAGAAACCGAUCGGUUAUUACGAAGAAUUGGAUCAAAUAAGGGAUGAAUUUAAGUCUGUCCUCAACUCGGAGGACACAGAGGAACAGCUCUUUGAAGGCAAAGCACGACCCAUAAGUGCUCCGAAGGAUAAAACUCUUGAGUUUUUAAAUGACGAUAACAUUGAAGCGAAUGAUUCAGACCUGAAGUAUCUGAAGAGUUACUGGAAGAAUGAGAAGCAGUUGGAGGACAACGAGAAGUUCUUAAGAGAUUAUAUCAUAAAUAAAAGUUAUGUUGAUAUCAAAGAUAAGGAGGUGUUUCGAAAACCCGAGUUUACGGGCAAUGAGUUGAAUGGCAACAGCAGUGAUGCCGAAGAGAAUGGUUUUGACACAAUCGAUGACAUGAAUGAAGACAAACAGAAUGGUCUGAAAGUAAGUAAAUAUCAUUUCGAAGAACUCGAUGCUCUGGACAUUAAGAGAUAUCCCAGAAAUAUUGAGACGAUUCGCGACACAACUAACAGCGAAAAGAGAGCCCAAAAGCGGAGCGAAACGAAGGAUAGGAAGAAAAAGGAGAAGGAAAGGGAACUCAAGAGACUCCGGAAGCUUAAGAAAGAGGAGUUGAAAGAACGGCUCCAGAAGUUUCAAGAAAUCAGUGGUAAUGAUAAUAUGGACGCCAAUGAUCUGGUGCUCAAUGAAUUGCUGGACGACGAGAAUGACUUCGAUUCUGAUAAAUACGACCAGAAAAUGAUGGCUUUGUUUGGAGACAAUUACUACUACACUGAAAAGACAAACCACAAGAAGCCAGUGUUUGAACACAUGCCUGAAAUAGACGACUACCAGUGCGAUGAAGAGGUCGAUGAUAACGCCAAUAACGCCGAAGAUAUUAAUGAUGACAUUGAAAGCAAAAGCAAACAUAACGUGAAUAAAAAGUUGGAUAAAAAACAAAAACGAAUUCACAAACAAAUGACAGAAAUGGGUAUUUUUGAGGAUCUAAUUGGCGGUGAUUUGGCGACCCGUUAUAAGUACCGAAGCGUUCAGUCCAAUGAUUUCGGUCUAACGGAUGAGGAGAUCCUGUUCUCUGAUGACAAAGAGCUCAACAAAUGGUUACUGGUAGUCGUCUAUUUCAGGCAUGUGUUCAAACACUGGCUUCUUGUGGUUUGUCUUUUCAGUGUAGUAGUAAUUGUCUCCAAACAAAGCCAUCAUUUUCUGGUCGUAUUUAUCAGAAUCGAAGUCCUUAAGCGAAGGAUUCUUAAAAGUUAUUACGAAAAACAAAAUGAUAACCAAAUGAACGGACAAAUGGAUUCCGAAUUGAAUUCUAAUACUGAUAACAAUAAUAAGAAAAAGAGGAAACGAAAGCAUAGGAAACCAAACUUUACUAUUGAAGAAAUGAAUCCUAAAACUCAAAGCAAACCAGAAAAUAGUGAUAAAGUGUCGCAAAAGAGUCAUAAUUUGAAUAAAAAGAAGAAAUUUAAAGGAAAUAAGAAACAGAAAUCCAAUGUUAAUGAGAGCUCACAUUCUGGUGUCAGUGUUGAUAGACUCAAA